CAUUUUACAUUUCACUUCUCAGACUGAAUUUUCCAAUCACCGACCGAAGACCGAUUUCUCUUCAUUAAAUCCCUUAACCGUCGUGUUAAAUAAAUAAAAUAAAACACAAAAAUGUCGAAGAAUCUUUGUAUUGCUUUUAUUGUGGUUUUCUGUGCUUCGGCCAGUCUCGCUGCUACUUGUUCCAGCCCAAAAGUUACAGUAUCUUCGUUUAGUACAACCGACGCCACAAUCCUCACCCAACUUGCCCACGUUGGAGAAUUCACAUUGAAGUGCUCAAAUGGUGAAAAACCACAACUCUUCGCUGAAUUCGAAUGUGGAAAAGUUGUUCCAGUUGCUCGUGUAGGAGACGAGAAAUAUCAGAUCAGUUGGACUGAAGACGCAAAGAAGGGAAGCAGUGGCAGCAAGGUUAUUCGUCUCUUCGACGAGGAAGGCUACUCAAGCAUUCGUAAGGCUCAACGUGAUGGCGAUAAAGUAGCAUCUGUGAAAUCAUUGACAGACAUCACCAUUUCCGUGCCAAAGGCAUACAGCGGACCAUGGGUUAACUCUGAAUUGGUUGCUGCUCUCGUGGCAGCCUUCGUUUCUCACUUUGCCUUCACCACCAAGAACAAACUGCAGGCGUAAAUUGUAUUGAAUGAAAUUCAUUCGUAAACUCAAGUAGUGUUAACUUAUAAUUCCCUUUCUUGUGAGGUUUAAUUCAUUUUUUUACAAUAAAAAAAUUAUUAAAUAGAAAAACAAAACCAAA